AUGACGUGGGGGCAAGGUCGAGGCAAGGUGGUGGACGGCGGGCGCGGGCUGGACCUGACCCUGGACAAGACCUCCGGCUCCGGGUUCCAGUCCAAGAACGAGUACCUCUUCGGCAAGAUCGACAUGCAGAUCAAGCUGGUGCCCGGCAACUCCGCGGGCACCGUCACCACCUUCUACCUCUCCUCCGCCGGCAGCGCGCACGACGAGAUCGACUUCGAGUUCCUCGGCAACGUCUCCGGCGAGCCCUACACGCUGCACACCAACGUGUUCGCCCAGGGCCAAGGGCAGAGGGAGCAGCAGUUCCGGCUCUGGUUCGACCCCACCAAGGACUUCCACACCUACUCGGUGGUGUGGAACCCGCAGCACGUGAUCUUCGCGGUGGACGGCACGCCGAUCCGGGACUUCAAGAACCACGAGGCGCGCGGGGUGGCGUUCCCGCGGACGCAGCCGAUGAGGCUGUACGCGAGUCUCUGGAACGCCGACGACUGGGCCACGCAGGGCGGGCGCGUCAAGGCGGACUGGACGCAGGCGCCGUUCGUGGCGUCGUUCCGUGGGUUCAGCGCCGACGCCUGCGUCUGGGCUAACGGCAAGCAGCAGUGCCCCGUCGGCACCAUGGAGGCUGCGGCCGGGGGAGGGCGACGCGGCAGCUGGUGGAACCAGCAGCUUAGUGACAUGAGCUACCGCCGCAUGCGCUGGGUGCAGAGGAAGUUCAUGAUCUACAACUACUGCACCGACGCCAAGCGGUUCCCGCAGGGCGUGCCCGCCGAGUGCAAGCUCCGGUCGCAGGCGCAGCGCCCCGCGCCGGCGCCGCGGGCCGCGGCCAGGCCAGUUUACGCUGCCACGGUCGUGCUGCCGGGGACCAUCCCACCUUGUGUCGCCCCAUUGGCAACCUUCUGUCGUGUGCCCCAUCGUGUGUUGCUCGACGAUUCCCAUGGCGGGACUGGAUCAGUUUGCUGCGGUCCACGCCGUUGUUGGGCCACAGGAAAGCCUUGCCGCAGAAAAGAGCGCGCAUGCCGGCUCGCCCUGGCAUUUGGUGAAAGCGCCUGGCUACGUGCCCUCAAAUCCAUCCAGCUGCUGUCCCUCGCCCUCCCCUUCGUCGCCACCCUGGCCGUGGCGACGGCGACGGCGGCAGGCGGCGACCACAACUUCCAGCGGGACUUCGAUGUGGUGUGGGGCGCGGGCAAUGCGCGGUUCCGCGACGGCGGGCGGACCGUGGAGCUGUCCCUGGACGAGCGGACGGGCGCACAGCUGCAGUCCAAGCAGCGCUACCUCUUCGGCAGGUUCGACCUCGAGAUGAAGCUCGUCCCCGGCGAGUCCGCCGGCACCAUCACCUCCUUCUAUAUCUGCACGGGCGGCGCGCAGCACGACGAGGUGGACUUCGAGUUCCUGGGGAACGCGAGCGGGGAGCCGUACCUGCUGCACACCAACAUCUUCAGCGACGGGCGAGGGGAGCGGGAGCAGCAGCUCGCGCUGUGGUUCGACCCCACGCGUGCCUUCCACACCUACACCAUCCUGUGGAACCCGCACAGCAUCGUCCUCUACGUGGACGGCGUCCCGAUCCGUGUCUUCGCCAACAACGCCGCGGCGGGGUGCCGUUCCCGGCGCGGCAGCCGGCGCGGGUGUUCGCCAGCAUCUGGGACGCCGCGGUCUGGGCCACGCAGGGCCUCCGCGCCCUUCGUCGCCACCUACCGCCGGUACAACGUCACGAACGCCUGCGUCUGGGACGAGGAGGAGGUGGCGGGCGGGCACGGUGCCCGACGAUGGUGGCGCUGGGUGGCGGGCCGCGUCGGCGGAGGGCGCCCGCGUGGAUGUCGCAGCGUAAUGACUGGUGGAGCUGGAUGA